AAGUCAUGCUGCAAUACAAAAAACAUAUGCCGUUUACAAAUGGUAAGCUGUUAGUGGUGUACUUCAGGAGGAACAACUAGUGCUGCAAUUGCACUAAAUUCCUCUGAAAUUUUAAAUGCUACGGAAACUACGGGUAGCAAGCAGGUCAAUUAAGGGAUACGGAAAUACAGUCAAUUUGAGUCGAUCACAACACAAGUGGCAAAGAAGCUGUGAAGUCGCGGUCCUUAAUCAGAGGUGGUGAUGAGAGUUCUAAUAGGUGGAGGAACGGGCUUUGUGGGACGAGAACUCACCAAACUUCUCAGACAGAAAGGCCAUGAAGUCACUGUCAUUUCCCGACAGGCAGGACCAGGGAAAAUUACAUGGGCAGAUGUGGAGUCUGGUGGUCUACCGCCUUGUGAUGGAGCGGUCAAUCUGGCCGGGGAGAACAUCAUGAACCCACUACGAUGGUGGAAUGACAGUUAUAAAAGUGAUCUUUUCUCUAGCCGGGUGGGCACGACAAAAACUUUGGCCCAAGCUAUCGCGUCCUCUCCCAGCCCUCCUCACACCUGGGUCCUUGUCUCAGGUGUCGCUUGCUACAGGCCCAGCCAGGCAACCCAAUACACAGAAGAGACAGAGUGGACACCCUUUGAUCUCCUGUCAAGACUCGUGAAGGAGUGGGAGGGUGCCGCAAAACUGCCUGAUGAAAUAGCAAAAAACACUAGACAAGUGGUCGUUAGACCGGGUGCGGUGCUGGGCCGUGACGGUGGGGCCAUGGCGCAGAUGCUGACCCCCUUCUGGUUCGGCGUUGGAGGCCCGCUGGGCUCCGGACGCCAGCCAUUCCCCUGGAUCCACGUCUCGGACCUGGCGGGGAUCAUUGCGCAUGCGCUGGAUCCCUCCACCCAGCUGCCUGCGGACCAGCCGGUGGUGCUAAACGGCGUCGCACCCGCGCAGGUCACCAACUACGAGUUCACCAAGGAGCUGGGCCGCAUCAUGCGCCGGCCCACCAUCAUCCCUGUGCCUGGCUUUGCCCUGGACGUCAUGCUGGGGACCGAACGGGCGGUCAUCCUCACGCAGGGGCAAAAGGUGGUGCCUAAGAGGACCCUGGAGACAGGCUUCAGCUACCAGUUCUCGGACAUCUCCUCUGCGCUACGGCAAAUCGUUGGGAGUUAAAAGAAAAAGGAAAAGGAGCUGGGAAAAAACAUGGACACGGACUUAUUUAUUCCUUAUUCACUCACAGCGUUCAUCUCACAGGGACGGUCAAUAUCAGUGUCGUUGCACAUGUUCAGUCAAAUAAAACCUAUUGUCUUUA